AUGUUUAUGUAUCAUGAUGGCUCGCCGGCGGCAGAUCUCCAACAGCGCCAUGUCUUUGGCCUUUCGGCAGAGCGUCUCAUGACAGCAGCAUUUGAAGUAUGCGGAACAUCGCCUCGUACUCUAGGUAAAGACCGUCACAGCGUAGGUCCUGCUGUCUGGAAAAUGUUGCAAUGCUCAUACACUGCGAUUAAGCGAGAUGGCGGACGGGGCUUGAAAACGUUAGACGGAUCACCGCCGUCCGCCAUCUCGCUUAAUCGCAGUGUAUGUAUUGGCACGUCAAAAAGAAGGGAACAAAUUGACUUUCUCGGCCCACUUGCCUUCCCGGACCCGCUGCCUCACGAACAACACCUCGCCAUCCAUCCAUCCGACUUCCACCCUCAUCAUUACUUUCAUCAGCAGACUACCGGAAGAGUUGUUGCUACACCUUCCGACAUCAAGGCAAGACUAGAACCAAAUCUAAGCUUGACAUCGGGGACCGACCUCACAUACAAGAGUGCAUCGCGAGUCUGCAAGCGGUGGCGGCGCAUCGUAUUACCUCUACUUUUCAAAUACUCUCGAUUGAAACUUGACAUUGCACCAAGACCAGAAUGGCGAGAUCGAGGCUCUUUCAAUUCCUCAACCUCCCAGGGCGCUCUCGACGAAGCCGUGCACGCUGUGGAAGUCGCAGAGUAUGCAAAGAUUCAUCCUCCGACACAUGAUGGCAGAUCACUCGGCGAAGCAAGUCUUCAGUGGGCGCAACGAUUCCAUCAUGUUCUGGAAGAUUAUCUGGCGUUCAUUGCCACCAACAACCUGUUGUCUUCCGUCGAGAGCUUUGUCUUGCUCACGGAUCGCAUGCUGCCAGGCUUCAACGAUCGAUACCCCCAUCGCCUAGCAGCAACACAGGAUCACCGUUAUAGAGCUGCUGCAACCCUCUGGCAACGGCUAUAUUCAGUGAUCGAACCUCAAAUACUCAAAGUCCUGGCACCACCGCCCGAACUAGCCAUCCUGACCAAUUGCGCCAUAGAUCUAUUCGGCGAAUGGGCUUUCUCAGACAUGGACUUCCACCUCUUGACUCUCCAAGUCGACAACCCAAACGCGAUUCGUCCCUCACUCAACUCCUCAGAACUCGACCACAUCCCACCCCAAUAUCCCUCAAUCGCACCCUCCAGCAUACUCAAACUCCAACCUUGGUCUAACCUCAGUCUGAAUGAAGGCUCCUUCCUCAAAGCCUACGGAACAUACGAAUACUUCGAACGCGGUCCUCCAUCCCUGAUCUACAGCAUAAAACCAGUCAUCAAUCCAAAACCAAGCACUCAGCUUCGCCACGGUCAACCGCCCGGCUCCAUCGACCUUACCUCCCUGAAAUCCUUCAUCUACACCGCCAUCCUCCCCUUCGCAACACACCUCGACUUCAGAACUCUGAUUCCCCACCUCGAUGUUCUAGACAUCAAAUUAGCCCCAGAUCCAUCAGAACAACAAAAGAUCCUCGGCGACAAGGAACGAGUCGGUCAUGCGGAAUUAGAAGAUUGCUGGCAAGAAUUUUUCACAGCAUAUCGAUUCAUCACGCGACCGUUCAGGACUUUUGAGCUUGAUGCCACCGAUGGCACACCGAAACUCAAGAAAUUCAUUUGUCGAGAUGUGGCGAUACAAGCUCUGCAGGACGAACUGGAUGAGGAGUUCACGCCGCUUUGUUUGCCUUGUUGGGCUGAGAUGGAACCAGGGGUUUUUGUGAGGCAGAGUGAGGCGCCGAAUCAUUAUUCUGAUGGCUUAAAAGAUCCAUUAGCUCCACGAGCGAUACUCGAAGCAGUAGGUCCGCGACGAAUGUGCGGAAGACUGGACUGA